GAUCACCGGGACUGGGGUCACGGGGGUCGGGAUUGGGCAUCACCGAGAUCGGGAUCAUCGGGACGGGGAUCACCGGGAUGGGCAUAGGAACGGGGAUCGGGAGCAUUCAGAUUGGGACCACCGGGAUUGGGAUCAUCGGGACCGGGACCAGCACCACCAGGUCCCAUGGUCCGGGACACCACUGGCAUUGGGAUUGGGCUCGGGUUCAUUGGAAUCAGGAUGGGGAUCGGGACCAGGACCGCUGGUCCCUGGCGCCGGUAGCGGGGCAGGAAGGGGAAUAACGGGGGUUAUUGGCACCACCGAGGUUGGUGGCAGCGUGUCCGCUUGAGGCAGGGUGGGCCUGUGAACCCUCGUGUGUCCAUCCAUCCAUAAACACAGAGGCUGUAACCGUCCCUAAUCUUGGAAACGUCCCUGUUCAGCACUUCAGCCCCAUCAAACCUCUGCCGGGGACUCUGCAAAUCACCGACUCCUCUUAUCUUUGAGAGGAGAUAACUCUGUGUCCCUUUUCCUGCUCGUGUGGGUUUGGCCACCUGAGACAUGGAGUGAGAGUCCAGGGUGAUCCCCGGCAUUCCAGCAGAAGCCAGUCCCUCCGUGGACGUGCUGUGCAGAGCAGUUGUUACAUCCCUGUGGGAUAGGGGAGGUGAGGGUGAAGCCAAGGGCUCAGAGCGGGCAGGGUUGUGUUCUGACCCAGAGCAGGUUUAGUUCACCCCCGUGAGCUCUUACAAAAGGCACAAAGGGGUGAAAACACUCCCAUUUCCAUUCAGAUAACAAGGGAAGCUGUUCUGGAGCUGCAGCCUCUGGACCAGCAGCUGGAACUGGAGAGAAGGCCCAGAGCUCCCAGGCCCACAGGAGCAGCACUGGGCGAGGGGGAUUUCCAGAAUUCCGUUGUGUUUCUUCAGCAUUUUGGUUUUUAAACGUGUCUGGAUUAUCUCUUGAAUAUCGCAGCAGGUUGGGGAAGUACCAAGAGGUGCCCAAACUGCUGUGGGAUGCAGGCUGGAGCAGAAUUCCAUACCCCAGCCGGGGAAAUGCCUUUGUGGCGAGCGGCUGCUGCCACCGGCUGGUCCCCGCCCUGCACUGCGCCUGAACAGAGCUGGCCGAGUUCACGUUUCCGUGCUCAUUUCCCCUUCCAUGCUCAUUCGCCCAGCCUCUAUUUUGUCCCCCUUUUUUUCCCCACGUCCUUUUUUUUAGCGCUGUUUCCAAACUGCGAUUCACAUCUUCAGAGCGAGGGGAAGCGCGAGAACCCCGGAGAGAAAAAACAUCUUUAAUUAAGACUUUGCAUCUUUUUCUACUGAAAUAUUUUUAACCUACUUCUGCCUUUCCGGCUCCUUUAUUUUUAUUUUUUUUUUUCCUUUCCGUUAGUGCAGGUGCUCCUUCCCACAGGAUUUUUGGGGCAGGCAGAGCCAUUCCAGCCCUGAUGCCGAGUUCUUUACCCGAAUGGUGCUUGUGGGCUGCAGCUCUUUGUAGGCUUUGCUCCAUCACAAGGUGUGCUGAGUCGUGACAGGAACAGGCUUUUUAAAGCUGUUUGCUUUGAGCUCUCUUGGCACAUUCAGGCGAGGCUUUUUCUCUGCUUUUUUGAAAAAAAAAAAAAAAGUAUUUAAAGUGCCGGGACAAUUUUUGCCGCUGUGCUUUAAUAGGAUUUGCAGCUGUGAAUGUGCUUUAAAAGGAUUUACAGCUGGGUUGAAGUGUCCCCUCGCUUAAAAUAACGUCACAGCUUCGUGAUUCAGGAGAAUGUGCCUCCCACUAGUUGCUUUGUGAGUGCUGGGGAGCACAAGGGGAAUAGGAACAACUCCAAAACUUUUAUUUGUGGCUAAAUAAGAAGCAUAACCCUGUGGCUGGGGACUGGAACUACCAAUGAGUGUGUUUGGAUCUUGGUUUUUGCCUUGCUGGUGACUCGCUUUCUACUCUCUCAUGCAGUUUCAAACCUUGGCAUGGUUUUUCCUCCAUCAGUAAAACGGCUUCCCAAACCGGAGGGAGAAUUCCCCUGACAUCAGUGACCUGCUGAGGCAACUUCCAAGCGUGGAAUGGAGCUGGUGAGGAGGGAAGACCCCCAGCUCCGGGAGGUCGUGUGGUUCGCCGGGCGCUGUCGAGCCCUGACACUGCUGCUGCAGGCUGCCUUUAACCUGCUGAUCCCGGAUCACGCCGCAGACGCCUUCUCUCCCCCUCGGCUGUCGGAGCCCAGCCCGUGGGAUGUGCUGGUGGAGUGGCUGCUGGGCGGGCUGUCCCACUGGGAUGCAGAGCACUUCCUCUUCAUCGCGGAGCACGGAUACCUGUACGAGCACAACUGCGCCUUCCUCCCGCUGUACCCCCUGAGCCUGUGGGCCGUGGCCAGGGGGGCCCUGUGGCCCCUGCAGCGGCUGCUGCGGCUGCGGAGCCGCCUCCUGCUCUCAGCUGUGCUGCUGAAUUCCCUGUUCUCCGCCCUGGCAGCCGCUGCCCUGUACGAGCUGGGCCGUGUGGUGCUGCGGCGGCGCCGCGUGGCUUUCCUCGCUGCCCUCCUCUUCUCUCUCAGCCCUGCCAACGUGUUCAUGGCAGCUGCUUACUCGGAGAGCAUGUUUGCCUUCCUGGCGUUCGGUGCCAUGUGGCAGCUGGAGAAGGGGCAGAGCUGGCUCAGUGGGCUGCUCUUCUCCCUGGCUUCUGGGGCACGUGCCAACGGGCUGAUUAACGCUGGCUUCUUCCUCUACUCCCAGGGUAAACGCUUUGCCCUCCAGCUGCAGGUGGGAUCAGGAUCCCUAAGGAAGCUCCCUCUGUUGUGGAAGCAGGUCCUUAGCCUGGCAUCUUCAGCGGUCCUGAUGAGUGCUGGGAUUUUUCUACCUUUUGCUUUGUUUCAGUACUAUGCCUACCUGAGGUUCUGUGGUCCUGGCACCAGCCUGGAUCAGACCAUUCCCGAGCCACUGCUGCAGCUGGCUCGGGACAAGGGCUAUCAUCCGGCAGCCAUGGAUGGGGCUAAACCCCCAUGGUGCUCCCAGAGGGUCCCUGUGGUCUAUUCCUACAUCCAAGACACUUACUGGAAUGUGGGCUUUCUAAGAUACUUUGAGCUCAGACAGAUCCCAAAUUUCUUGCUGGCUUUGCCUGUGACCCUUCUGGUCUCGUGGGCUGCCUGGACCUACAUCAGCACAAACCCCCGGCACUGCCUGACUCUUGGUCUGGAGCGAAGUAAGAGUGAAGAGGAGGGAAAGCCAAGAGAUGGAUUUUGCUGCCCUGCUGCCUUUGUGUACGUGGUCCAUGCCACGGCCCUGCUGGCCUUUGGAUUCUUCUGCAUGCACGUGCAGGUGCUGACCCGGUUCCUUGGCUCCUCCUCUCCCAUCCUGUACUGGUUCUCUGCUCACCUGCUUCAGGAACACGAACCUUUACUCUGGAGUGCAGGGACUGAUAAUCCAUCCCCUGGGAGGUCUGUCCUAGGUAAAUCUCCUGGUUCCUGUGGGAAAGGGACUCCUGACAACCCCGUUGUGAGGCUGCUGCUGAACUGGCGAUUAAUUACCCCCCUCAGCAAGGGCAUCCUGGGAUUCUUCCUGUGCUACUGGCUGCUGGGACUGCUCCUACACUGCAACUUCCUCCCGUGGACAUAGCAGGAUGUGCUGGCACAGACUGGGAGCAGUCAGAAUUGAAACUCACUUUUUCUGGAAGCCUGACGUAGCUGUGAUGCUGUUGCAGUCACAAAAGUGUUACUCCUCCGUUA